AUAUGAACAAACUGUUUUAGAUUUUUUUCCGCUAGGCCUACAUGGUCGGAGUAGAAUUUAAUUAUACCCUGGACGUGAGUCGUAUGCAAUGAAGACGUCGUCCGGCGUCCAAUGGUCCAACCUGGGCUAUAACUUAUAAGCCUGAUUUCAAGGCGUAUGAUGUGACAGAACGAAUUGGGAAAAUCCCUACGUUUCUCAUCAUCAGACUCUCUUCUGUGACGUCGUCACGAAAUAACAAACAUCGAAUGAACGGAAAUUUGUAAACUACAUCGUCCAUGUUCAUAAACAUGGCAACGUUACAGGAAUGGACGAGGUUGAGUUUGGCUCUGACGACUAUCUUCCUUUUGCUGAACACUGAUGGCGCAAAUGGACAGGUGGAAUACUCCAUACGUCUCGUUGGCGGUAGUAGCUAUCUGGAGGGCCGAGUGGAGGUGUACGUGGACGGAUCGUGGGGAACAGUUUGCGAUGACAACUGGGAUCUGUCAGACGCCACAGUGGUGUGUCGACAGCUGGGCUACGGAAAUGCCCUCUACGCUCGUUCAGCGGCGUACUUUGGACGAGGCAGCGGACCCAUCAAGUACGACGAGGUGAAUUGUCUUGGUGAUGAAAGCAUGCUACACCUUUGUCCGUUGUUGACCAUCGACGAUUGCGGACACUAUGAAGACGCUGGUGUGGUCUGCUCAGCACCCAGCCCCACUCUGUCAUCCAAUUCCAGUAUUAUACGUCUUGUCGGCAGCGCUGACACUUUUCAAGGUAGAGUGGAGGUUUACGUAGACGGCGCUUGGGGAACAGUCUGUGACGACGAAUGGGACAUCAACGAUGCAAGUGUAGUGUGCCGUCAGCUGGGCUACACCGGUGCCAUCUCAGCGCCCGGCUCGGCAUCUUUUGGCGCCGGAUCAGUCCCGAUAGCUUUAGACAACGUACGUUGUACAGGACGGGAGAGUCGGUUGCAGGACUGCGAGUCAGCAAGCACUAACGAUUGCAACCACAACAAAGAUGCCGGGGUCGUCUGUGCAAUGGAAUACUCCAUACGUCUCGUUGGCGGUAGUAACUAUCUGGAGGGCCGAGUGGAGGUGUACUUGGACGGAUCGUGGGGAACAGUUUGCGAUGACUUAUGGGAUCUGUCAGAUGCCACAGUGGUGUGUCGACAGCUGGGCUACGGAAAUGCCCUCUACGCUCGUUUAUCGGCGUCCUUUGGACAAGGCAGCGGACCCAUCAAGUUCGACGAUGUCAAUUGUCAGGGUGAUGAAAGCAUGUUACACCUUUGUCAGUUCUCGAGCACCAACAAUUGCAGACACCAUGAAGACGCUGGUGUGGUCUGCUCAGCACCCAGCCCCACUCUGUCAUCCAAUUCCAGUAUACGUCUUGUCGGCAGCGGUGACCCUUUUCGAGGUCGAGUGGAGGUUUACGUAGACGGCGCUUGGGGAACAGUCUGUGAUGACGAAUGGGACAUCAACGAUGCAAGUGUAGUGUGCCGUCAGCUGGGCUACACCGGUGCCAUCUCAGCGCCCGGCUCGGCAUCUUUUGGCGCCGGAUCAGUCCCGAUAGCUUUAGACAACGUACGUUGUACAGGACGGGAGAGUCGGUUGCAGGACUGCGAGUCAGCAAGCACUAACAACUGCAACCACAACAAAGAUGCCGGGGUCGUCUGUGCAAGCACUAUCUUAAUUCGUCUAGUCGGCGGUACCAGCAUUCGCGAGGGCCGAGUGGAGGUGUUGCUCAACGGCGAUUGGGGAACCGUCUGUGACGACGGAUGGGGCCUGACCGAUGCCAAAGUGGUGUGUCGUCAGCUAGGCUUCGCUGGUGCGUUAUCGGCUCAUUCAUUGGCGCAUUUUGGCCAGGGAACGGUCCCGAUAGCCAUGGAUGAUGUACAGUGCACAGGAAGUGAGAGCAGGCUGACGGACUGUUCCUUCCAGACAAGUCACAACUGCGACCAUCAUGAGGAUGCUGGGGUCAUCUGUAUAGAGGCUGGGUUCGCCAUACGUCUUGUCGGUGGCAGCAGUGAAACCCAGGGCCGAGUGGAGGUUUAUUUAAAUGGGAUUUGGGGAACCAUCUGUGAUGACGGCUGGGGUUUAGAUGACGCGAGGGUGGUAUGUCGCCAGCUGGGAUACAGCAAUGCCAUUAGAGCUGUCAGCUCGGCACGCUUUGGCCAGGGCAGUGGAGACAUUUUUUUCAAUGACGUGGCGUGCACUGGAUCGGAGACAAGCUUACUGGAUUGUGUGAAGUCAACUGUAAAUAACUGUGGACAUGGUGAGGAUGCGGGUGUCAUCUGUGGUACAUCCGGGUCAGAUACGUCAACAAUCCGACUGGCUGACGGUUACAGCGCGCUGGACGGCCGUGUGGAGGUGUACAUCGGGGGUUUGUGGGGCACCGUCUGCGACGAUGACUGGGAUCUCGCAGACGCCACUGUGGUUUGUCGCCAGCUUGGCUACGGAGACGCACUGACAGCUCCAGGGGAAGCAUUCUAUGGCCCUGGAACCGGAUCGAUAGUCUUUGACGAAGUGAAUUGUCGGGGAACCGAACUAACUAUACAGGAUUGCGCAUAUUCUACUAUUGACAACUGCCAACACGGUGAAGACGCGAGUGUUUCUUGUAGCAGUUCUUUUGCAGCCUAUGAGUUUGGUAAAGUGCGUCUGGUCGAGGGUAAUUCGAAGUACGACGGAUACGUGGAGAUCUAUUACAAGCAACAAUGGGGCACCAUCUGCAAUGACCAAUGGGACAAGACAGAUGCAGACGUGGUUUGCAAGGAGCUGGGACACGAGUUUGCCAUCUCCACAUCUGACGCCUCAGAGUACGAUACCGGAAGGAGUAGUACCAAACCCAUCUGGCUUGAUGAUGUUUUCUGUGGAGGAAGCGAAACCAGACUAGUCUAUUGCAACCAUGGCCAGUGGGAUAGUAACUACUGUUCUCAUGGUGAAGACGUGUGGGUGAAAUGCAACGGUGCUCCAGGACUGGUCUCCGGAACGACAAUUGGGCUUGUCUGUGGGUUAGUCGGCAGCUGUAUUCUGUUGUGUGUCUGUUGCAUACUGUGCUGUUGCAAGUCGAAAAAAGGCCCCGCCAACUCAACAACGGCAGCUCCGUCGACUACCUAUUCCCAGGUACCAACCGGCGGAAGUGAUCCUGGAGCUCCUCCUGUGGUCCACUACCAUCCUCCUCAGCAGUAUAUUCAUCAACCCUCACAGCCAAUGCAGCCGUCUGCCCACCAGUUGUCAGAUGCCGAGGCCCCGCCCCCUACCUACGAGUUGGUCAUCUCUCAGCCCACAAAAUUCCCACUGGUAACCGGCGCCGUGUUCGAGAUCCCACAGCAGCCGUCUGAUCCAGCCUAUCCACCAGCGCCAUUGCCGCCUGGUCAGAACCCCCCAUCUGCACCCAACCCAGCUGUACCCCAGCCCCAGGUAAUAUCCAAUCCAAUGUACUUGGAUGCUGAUGACGUAAUCACUUAAUGGUUCAGGGAGUUUCGUAACUGGAAAGGAUUUGACAUCAGUUCCAGAUGACUGACGAGUCAUCGUAAGCCAAUCGUAAGCCAAUCACAAGUCAAUCAUAAGCCAGUCACAAGUGAAUCACAAGUCAAUCACAAGUCAGUAACAAGCUAAUCACAGGUCAAUCACUGAUCAAUCAAUCAUUGGUCAAUCACAAGUCAAUA